UAUUGUAUAAAAUGGAACCCAUGGCACUCGGGAGUCCAAGCGGCAGCCCUGCAACUAAUCCAUAUCUGCCAUCAUUUCUAUUAGGGGAACAACAGACACCAACAACACCCAGAAACAACACGCUUUCUCCCAACAAAGCCGGUGCGAGGAAUCUUUCAUUUGGAUUUGCUACUUCUCCCGGCGCCAAUUCGCCACAGCAAGAUUAUAACAGAUCCACUCUGGGUCAAAAAACACUAUUUGGUGGCUAUCAAACACCAUCGGUUGGUCAAAAUGCAAAUUUCCCCGGUACCCCAAUACAAAAUCACAAUUCGAGCAUAUCUGGACCGCCAACACAGGGUCUUUUCGAUUCCUUGCGAAGUGAACGCAAUCAGAUACAAACACCAACGAGAAAUUUACCAACCCAAUCACAACUUGGGACUCCAGUCAUGGGUCAUCCAAAUACAAGUAUAGCAGCAUACGGCUUAAAUCAGAGCAUACAGUCCCAAUACAAUGAAUCCUAUAACAACAACUCAUUCAAUAUGUCACGUCCAGGUGUAAUGUCACCUAUGUUGCCGGGAACACCAGGCAAUAUAACAACUGGUAUAAAUUCAUCACAAAUGCAGUGUCCACAGCCACCACGUUAUACAGAAUUCUGGAUAACUGUGUUUGGAUUUCCAUCUAGCGCCACUCCCGUUAUUUUGCAGCAUUUCGCUCAAUGUGGUACCAUUGUGGAUAAAGUGUUUCCCUCUCAGAAUGGAAAUUGGGUACAUUUGAAAUAUUCGUCUAGGCUUGAGUGUGAUAAAGCCCUUAACUAUAAUGAAAAGAUUUUAGCCAAUAAUAUAAUGAUAGGUGUGACCCAGUGCAAAGAUAAAGCAAUAAUCGAUAAAGAGAAUCUUUGUGAAGCGAAUACACAACCUACCGUGCAAAAAGUUCGUCCCUUGGCGCAAACGGCAUAUAAGAGUGCCCAAACGGAUACAUCGGUUGUGGCAAAUUCUAAUGCACCACAAAAAAGUUCGGGAAUAAUGAACAAAGCUAUGGAUCUAUUCUUUGGCUGGUAGUGU